UAAACAAAGUGACAGUGUUUAGCAAUUAGGGCGGAGGAUUUUUCAAAUAUAUAAUAUGGUGGUGAUCAGGAUGAUUUCUUCAGAAAGCAUCUACUGAAGAGUUACCCGUCACUUCACCCAACAAGCAAGUCUGAAACAAUAGAGUCUGACAUGAAGGCUUCCAUUUUCCUUCCCUUUGUGUUCGUGGCCAUGUUCUCAGUGACUUCAACCCAGACUUGGAAAUCCAGUGUUUUUAAACCACAAGAAGGUACAGAGCCUGCAUUUAUUCUAGAGAGAAAAAAUGAAGCUAACCAUCAAAGAGAACAGCAGGCAUCUAAUCAGCAAGGAGGUGGCAACACAGAAGGAAAACAAGUGACAUUUAGUCUGCAAGGACAACCAGAGUAUUCUAAUCAGCCAGGAAAACAAGGAAAUUUUAAUCAGCAAGAAAGGCCAGGAGUUCUCAAUCAGCCUGGGAGUCUGCAAGAGAAUUCAAGGGACUGUAAUCAAAAAGGGAAUGCAGAAGCUUCUAAUAAACAAGGAAAACCUGGAUCAUCUAGCCAGCAAAGGGAUCCAGGGUCGUCUAGUCAGAAAAUGAAGCCAGGGUCAUCUAGCCAGCCAGGUGGUUCAGGGUCAUCUAGCCAGGGUUGGCAUCCAGGGUCAUCCAGCCAGCAAGGGAAGCCAGGAUCAUCUGGCCAACAAGGGGGUUCAGGGUUGUCUAGCCAGCAAGGGAAGCCAGGAUCAUCUGGCCAGCAAGGGGGUUCAGGGUCAUCUAGCCAGCAAGGGAAGCCAGGAUCAUCUGGCCAGCAAGGGGGUUCAGGGUCUUCUAGCCAGCAAGGGAAGCCAGUGUCAUCAAGCCAGCAAGGGGGUUCAAUGUCAUCUAGACAGCAAGGAAGACCAGGAUGGUAUAGCCAACAAGGGAAAUCAAGGUCUUUUCAUAAUCAAGAAGAAAGAAAAAAUGUAGGCAACCCUUUGAGUGCCAGUAUAACGGACAUUCAGACAGACAAAACCAGCAGCAAGAACCCAACUGGACAUACAAAAUGUCAGUCUAUCUACAAGCCAGUCUGUGGUUCUGAUGGAAAAACCUAUGGGAAUCGUUGUGUAUUCAAUGAAGCCAAAAGGAUGAGUAAUGGAAAACUGAAUCUGAACUAUGAAGGGAAAUGCUAGCUUUGACAGCAACCGAAUUACCUGGAACCUCAAAAUCUACUUUCACUUCUCCUUAAACAAUGGGUUUCCUUGGGCGUUCUGCUGAGGUCAGCAAGAGUCUUGCCAAUAGGAUGGAUCCUUCAUUAUUUUCAAGGU